GCCCUUUUUUCUAUUUCUCUGGAAGUUGACUCAGUACACCCACGGUGGCGGAAUACACAGCCAACUCAGACAAGUCCACCCUGACAAACUCGAACCUUUCCUCUUUGGGUAGGGAGAGGGAGCGACGUCACAAAGUGUGCAGAGUCCAACAAUACUUGAAGUAACGUUGGCCGACAAGCACGCUACGCGUCUGUUACGGGACUGCAGGAAACGAGUUGCUUCAACAGGGAAGUCGAAAGAAACUACGAUCGUCUCCUAUUAACGUGCAUGAAGACCAAGAAGUUGAAUAAUAAACAAAGCGGACAUGUUGGGUAGCUUUUCACGCAGCAGCCUGCGAAGAGACGAAAGAAACUGAAAAUUCUCAAACGAACUUAGAAACGCACAUCUUGACCAUGGCCCAGUGGAGUCGCAUCAGCCAGCUGAUACAGUACCUGCCUGACCAGACCAUCUGCGACUUCUACCCCUCCGCUACAUUUGCUAUUGAAGUGCGGCACUUUUUGUCUGAAUGGAUUGAAAACCAAAGAUGGGAGGAAUUUGCUCUGGAGAAAGUGGAGCAAGAAGAUAACGCCCGCGCUCUAUUGGACGAGAUCAUCAUGCUGCUGCAGUCGUUUUCUCAGCAUAAUGCUAAUGUAGUGGAUAAAAUGAAGCUUAUGCAGAUUAGCAGGAACAUGAAUAUAUUUCAGCAUCAGCCGCUGCAGUUUGCAGUGAUGGUGAGGGACACGCUGCGCAAAGAGAGGGCCCUGCUUGAGGCUAUGCCACAGGUAAACAAAACUCCACAGCAUCAACCAUAUGUCACCUGCGAAUCAGCAUUACCUAGCACAGAUGUGGACCACCUUGUCCUCAAAGUGCGGGAUGUCCAGGACUUGAGACAGAAAAUACACCAGGUGCAGGAAGAGCUCAAUUGGGAAAGGCAGAACUAUGAGUCAUUGCAAGGGUCCAUGGAUCCCAUGGUGUCAGAAGUCAGCAGACUGCAAAAACACAUCCAGCAGCUGGAGUACAAUGUCAGCACAAUGGCAACGAAGCGUUUUCAGCUGCUCAGUGAGUGUGUGGACUAUCUGGACCAGUGUCAGGCCCAACUCCUCAACAGGUUGAAGGCCUGGAGGUGGGAGCAAUACAAGGCAACCAUUGGACAUCCUUUUCAUGACAACCUCAAUGUACUGCAGAUGUGGUGUGAGCAGCUUCUUGGGGUGAAUGGGAAGCUGAGACAGGAAUUAAUGCUGAUCGUGGAACCAAUCCCAGAGUUGCAGGAAAGGCUAAGACAACUUCUGCAGCUUCUGGUUCAAAGUUCUCUUGUUGUGGACAAGCAGCCCCCUCAAGUUAUCAAGACGCAGUCCAAGUUCUCCACAACUGUGCGCUACCUGCUGGGUGAGAAAAUUGCACCUGGAAAGCCUGUGGUUCUAAAAGCACAAAUCAUUAAUGAGCUCCAGGCCAGAAACCUGAACAUCACACCCAGUGAGGAUGUUCAGUCAGUGAUCAAUAACACAGCGGUCCUGGAACAUAACACGGCUACCAAGAGCACAUGUGCCACCUUCAGGAAUAUGUCCAUAAAAAAGAUCAAGAGAGCAGACAGAAAGGGGUCUGAGUCUGUGACAGAGGAAAAGUUUGCCCUCCUCUUUUCAACGGAGAUCACCAUCACAGGCUGUGACACUCCCUAUAAAAUCCAGAUGAUCUCUUUACCACUCGUCGUCAUUGUCCAUGGCAGCCAAGACAACAAUGCGCUGGCUACCGUCAUUUGGGAUUGUGCUUUUUCGGAACCAGACAGAGUGCCGUUUGUGGUGCCGGAGCGGGUACCCUGGAAGCUCAUGUGCAGCACUCUCAACAGUAAAUUCACCUCAGAGGUCCAGACGCAGCACAACCUCGACCACUAUAACCAACACUUCCUGGCCCAGAAGAUAUUUGACAAACCAGAAUUCACAGAUGACUUCAGCAACAUGAUGGUUUCCUGGCCUCAGUUCAAUAAGGAAGUGCUCCCAGGUCGACAGUUUACGUUCUGGCAGUGGUUUGAGGGAGUGAUGGACCUGACCAAAAAACAUCUGAGGACAUACUGGAGUGAUGGGCUCAUAUUUGGUUUCAUUGGCAAGCAGCAUCUACACCUGAUUCUCAAACAAAGGCCCAAUGGAACUUUUUUGCUACGCUUCAGCGACUCUGAGAUCGGAGGCAUCACCAUCGCUUACGUCGCUGCAGCGGAGAUGGGUGAACACAAACAGAUCAUCAAGAACAUCAAGCCCUUCACCAAGAAAGAUCUGGACAUCCGGAGCCUUGGCGACCGAAUCAGAGACAUCAAUGAAAUCACAUUCCUCUACCCGGACUUUCCAAAACAUGAUGUUUUUAAAAAGUUCUAUUCAGGGCCCCAAACUUCCACCAACGAUGGCUACAUCCCUACAACACUCCAGACUAAAGUGGGAAUGGAGACUGUUUCUGUUACAGCUAAUCCAACCAGUGUGGCACAUCACACUGAAAGCCUCCACAAUGCUACCAGUUAUCAAGUGGAUGCUGGCUCAGUUGCACCAUGCGUCCCUAAUUUGACGCAUCAUGUUGAAAGCCCCCACAAUUCUGUUGGAUACCCUCCGCCUCCAUUCCAGCAGUUUGCACCUCAAGAGGCCAUCCCACGAGAGCAAAAUGGAGAGCAAAUGGAAACCUCAGAUUCACCCGCAGUAGUCUUUAAUUCAAACUCUGAUGACUUCAAUGAUGUGCCCCCAGGAGACAUGGACCUCAUCUUGGACGGUUUUCUGAGCUUUUCCUGAAGAGCUACUCCAAGGACUUCCGACUGCCUCGUCUUCCCUUUGAGUGACAUUCAGAAUGUGAUAAGAACAAAACAAGUACUGAGGCUGCAUCCUUCUUCAGAGCAUUUCCUUGGUGGUUUGUUGAUUUUGACAACUUCACGUCUUCACUUUCGCGACACAAGUAUUACUGUACACAAAUUUUCUCCCUUAAAGAAAUAUGGUAAUAAAAUGUAGUUUAAGAUGUUUAAGGCAAAACAAUAGUAACUUCAGCAUUUACAUUUGGAUGUAUUAUUAGUCCAUCUUCUGUGGUGACUGCGUAUAUUAGUCUUUUUAAAUGAUUAAUGAUCAAUAUUGCUUUUGUGAAUUUAUUAAGUAAGUCAACUUUGACUCGCACACAAUGCCAAAUAUUAACGCACGUUAACUUUAGCUCAGACACUGUUUGGAAUGCAGACUGGCCGAUCACAUUAAACGUAAUGUUUUGGAUAUAUUUUUAGUAUGUGGUUCUCCGUAUAGUCGUGUGAAACCCUCAAAUAUCAACAAGCACUUAUUUUUCUGUUCCAAUGUAAGCAAUGUCCUCGUGUCAGCGCCUGUGUACGUUAGCUGACAUCUUUGAACGCAUUCGUAAAUACACUCGGAGCGAGCACUGGCUCACGCCAAACAUUGGGAAACUUGUUGUUCUGCGUUGUGCAAAUUUGCUGUUUGGUUAUUGCCAGUGCACCAAAAACCGAGUACAGUCUAGUGACUAGACCAGGGGUCGGCAACCUUUUUUACUCAAAGAGCCAUUUGGGACCGCCCCCCAAUGAAAAUAAAGCACCCGGAGCCACGACCCAUUUUGACAUCAUUACAUACCGUGAUUUUCCAUGUAAAAUACGCCCCCGUGCAUAAUACGCACCCUAAAAAUGGCAUGUCGAUGCUGGAAAAAAGCCUGUACCCAUGUAUAAUACGCACCCAAAUUUUGACUCUUACUUAAGUCCGUAAACGUAAGAUUAUUUCAGAAGAAAGAUCAUAUUUGGGAACAACCGGAUGUUAUUCUGCCGGUCAGUAUCACUGCGCAUGCGCGAGCAAACUCGAUAGCGAAGAAAUGUUUCGGAUUUGUGUAGGGUACAUUGUGACAGCAAACGAGCAGGUGAUCGAGCAAGCGUCUGAUACGAGAGCAUUGUGUUCGUAUGGAGCGUGUUUGAAGUGAACAGCAGAGACGAAAGGAACAAGGCAAAGUGUUGUGAAAUCAAAUAUUACCUGUAAUACGCAUUAAGGUAGAGAACUGAACUCUCGCUCUUUAUAUAGCUGACGUGUCUUGCGCAUCCAUUCUGCGCAUACUGUCAUGGCGGGCUCCGUAUGAUAUCCGCUCUGCGAUGGAGAUUAAAAAACUAACAAUAUUUGACAAUAACACACCAUCAAGGAUUGCACCAUCGCAUCAAACGAUGUGUCGUCAAUUAUGAAUUUUACUGCCUAAGUGUGUUGGGCAGGAUGGCUGAAUGCGAUGCGCGAUUGACAACAAACAAGACGAAAGGUGUGAUUUCAAGUUUUAUUUCGAGGGAGAUUUUCUUCAAAAAUUGUUGUACCCAUGCAUAAUGCGCACCCCAGAUUUUAGGACAAUAAAUUAGUUACAUUUUGCGCAUUAUGCGUGGAAAAUCACGGUAUAUUAUGCAUGUAUAUAUUAUGCUAUGUACAAAAAACUUUUGCAUUUAUGAAAAUGAAAUCAACAAACUGCUUUAGAGAACACAGAAUUUUAUUUCUGCAUGUAACAAAAAGCAUUUCAUACUUGGUUGAUGCUUAAUUUCAAAUAAAAUACCCGGUGUCUA